CGCAUCUUUUCCCUCGCUCUUCCCACUGUCUGAACAAACCGUCCACGGUCCCACCUGGGCCUGGCUCUGAAGAUUCUACCUGAAGUCAUGAGAAGGCAUGGCGUGAAUCGCAGAGGCAUAUGAAAGAGAAAUGAACAAGACAAGACUUCAAGAGCUGUGCCACAGAAAGCGGUGGAAUCCACCGGAGUACUCGACCAGAAAGGACGGGCCACCGCACAACCCCACCUUCACUGCCACUGUUACCGUUGGCGGCCUCAGCUUUCCUACCGACCAUCCCGCUCGCUCCGCCAAAGAGGCUCAGAGCAAUGCCGCUGGCCUCGCCAUCCAGUACUUAACUGACCCCAAACCCCCGCCACUUGCUGAUUCUUUGAGUGCGAUCACUGAUGUAAAGAACAUACCUGCCACCAAAGGGACAUCACAGCCUGAGAUACAAGCAACAUCUCAAUCUCAUCAGGCUCAUGAAGCAUUCUUGGUUACUAGAGAUGAUAAGAAAUUAGAUUCUUCAAGUGCAAGCAAUAUUGUCAAUAAUGUACCUGCCACCAAAGGGACAUUGCAGGUGCAGAUACAAGAAACAUGUCAAACUCCUGAAGGUAUGCAACAUUUGUACAAGACCCAACUGCAAACUUAUGCUCAAAAAAGAAAUCUCCCUCUACCAAUGUAUUCUUUUGAAAGCAUUGGCCCCUCUCAUAACUGUCGCUUCAAGUCUAAGGUUACAAUUGAGGGACAAACCUAUGAGAGUCCAGAUUUUUUCCCCACAUUAAAGGAUGCUGAACAUGCAGCUGCAAAAUUAGCUUUGAUGUCAUUAUCUCCAGCUGGAUUUCAGGAGGAUGAUUAUGGUGUCUACAAAAAUCUCUUGCAAGAAAUGGCUCGAAAAGAAGGUUAUCAGUUACCAGUUUAUAGUACGGAAAAAUCUGGUGUAUCCCAUAUGCCAACAUUUCUUUCAACUGUGGAAAUAGAAGGAGAAACUUUUGAAGGUCAAAAAGCAAAAACCAAGAAGCUGGCAGAGAUGAAUGCAGCGAAGGCUGCUUACACCUGUCUUAAAGAGCGUAAGUAAUUGCUUUCUUUUAAUAAG